AUGUCGUGCAGUUCGGUGGAAGAUUUACCUGAACAGUGUAAACUUACACAUAAAAUAACACAUGAUCUGUUCACACAAGAUGGAGUCCUCCUCAAAGCAUCACUCGGUCGUCCGAUCACCGACCUCAAUUCCAUCGGCAUGUUAUGCAUUGUACAGAACAUGGACGGCUCUAAAUGUAUCGAGUGGCGUCCCAACGACCUCAUUACCAUCGAUUCAGACACACAGGACCAAGAAUGGGCUGUUGUUAACACAAUAGGUCGUCGUCAGAGGACGUUAAGCGGCAACAUGACAUCCGACUACGAAGCUGCUCGAGCUCGCAUCAUAAGGAUACCUCUGGACGAACUAAAAUCAUUCAAAGUAUCUCGGAACAAUCAGCAGAUGCAGUUUUCUACCAAACAGGGCGUCUGGCAGAACACUUGCUACUUCCAGCACGGGAAUGCGGAGAUAUUCCUAUCGUAUCUGAAGAAUCACGUCAAAACAGCGAAGACCAGGCACGAUAGGAACACGUACGUGGUCGUGGAACCAAACGUUGAGUCUCAAGUGUUGAACAAGUCGUUCGCUGAACUGGACAUAUUUACUGAGAACACUACGGAUGUGGUCUGGAACUUGGUGUCCAACUUCAAGCAGAGGCCUUACGAAACUACCAUGGAAGCAUUCUCCAAACUCACGGAUAUUGUAUACUAUGGUGAAGGUGUUAACGGUAAGCGUGAAAUGUCUGAUGAAGUGGCAGACCUCCUCACGAAAAGUAUGAGCGCUUUAGAAGACACCACCAGCAUCGCCAGGAGUGAAGAGUACGAAGUCAUUAACGUGAAGCCCACGCUACCUCCGCGACCUUCUAUACCCAGGGGAACACCUUUAUCUACUGAGAAAUGGGACGGUUUACAGGAUCCAGAAGGAAGGAUCACUGAAGUGGAGGGUGUGAAACAAUUAAUAUUCAGAGGGGGCGUCGCACAUUCAAUACGUCACUCAGUAUGGAAAUAUCUGUUGGACUAUUAUCCCUGGAAAAUGACGAAGGCAGAGCUCAAGAGUUUACACAAGAAGAAAACAGAAGAAUACUUCUCAAUGAAGCUACAGUGGAGGUCAAUGACCGAGGGCCAGGAAUUAAGGUUCUCCGAAUACAGGGAUAGAAAGAGUUUAGUAGAAAAAGAUGUUAAUAGAACAGACAGGACGCAUCCAUUCUUUGCCGGUGAUAAUAAUCCUAACUUGGUAGUACUGCAAGAUAUUCUGAUGACGUACGUCAUGUAUAACUUUGAUCUGGGCUAUGUACAAGGAAUGAGUGAUAUAUUAGCACCUCUACUUCUACUUAUGGGCAAUGAAGUUGAUAGUUUCUGGUGCUUUGUUGGAUUUAUGGAGAAAAUUUCGUCAAAUUUUGAUAUGGACCAGGCUGGUAUGAAGCAGCAGUUGUUGAAUCUACAACAGCUAAUGGCUUUCAUAACACCGGAUUUAGCCAAACACCUCGCUAGUAAAGAUUCCGGGAACAUGUAUUUUUGCUUCAGAUGGCUCUUAGUGUGGUUUAAGAGGGAAUUCUCUCAUAGAGAUAUCAUGAGGUUAUGGGAGGUAUUAUGGACGGGGUUGCCAUGCGCUAAUUUCCAUUUGCUGAUAUGUGUUGCCAUUCUUGAUGCUGAAAAGGAUGUUCUUAUUAGCAAGGACUACGGAUUUACUGAGGUUUUGAAGCAUGUCAACGACCUAUCAAUGUGUUUGGAUGUGGAUAUUAUAUUAAGCACAGCGGAGGGUAUUUACCAUCAAAUAGUAUCAUCGCCACACUUAUCAGAUCAGAUUAGAGUUAUUUUGGGUCUCCCAUUGGCUUUGAAGCCCGAUGUACCAGAAACCGAACCCACUACAUUCAGCAAUGGUAAUGACAUCGGAGAAACGGAGGAAGUUACACUCGAAUAUAAUGGACAUGAGAUAUCUGUUGUAACAAAAACUGUCUGGGCUUUACUUGCCUAA